GAGCCUAAAGAGACUCCAGAGAGGGGAUGCAACAGAACAAUCCGGUUCCCUUUGGAAAGCGACUCUACCCUGGGGCUGCCGCGCAGGAGGGGAAUACAUUGAGUUUACACAAACAUGGCUGCUGCCUUCAGAGCUGCGAGUCGACUCUUGCAUCCGUUUGCAAAAGGGAACAGCUGGAAUCAAACAAGGGUCCAGUUGCAUUGGAGAUGGCAGUCAACAGCAGCUGUACAAAAAGCAAGGCUGGAGAUUCAGCCUGAAAAGAGGAAACCUAAAACAGGGAUCUUAAUGUUAAAUAUGGGGGGUCCAGAGACCCUGGAAGAUGUCCAUGAGUUCCUGCUGAGACUUUUUCUUGAUAGAGAUCUAAUGACACUUCCAGUGCAAAAUAAAUUAGGACCUUUUAUUGCAAAGCGCCGCGCUCCAAAAAUCCAAGAACAGUACAGGCGGAUUGGGGGCGGAUCACCUAUCAAGAAGUGGACUGAGACCCAGGGGGAAGGCAUGGUGAAGUUGCUGAAUGAAAUGUCUCCCCAGUCUG